AUGUCUGAACGAAAAGUGCUCACGAAAUACUAUCCCCCGGAUUUCGACCCGGCGGCAUUGACCAAGAAGAAGGGGCCCAAGCAGGUCGGUCCCAAGGUCCAAACCGUCCGUCUCAUGGCCCCCUUCAGCAUGAAGUGCACCAGCUGCGGCGAGUACAUCUACAAGGGCCGCAAGUUCAACGCGCGAAAAGAGACGCCCGAGAAUGAGAAAUACCUGGGCAUCCAGAUCUUCCGCUUCUACAUCCGCUGCACGCGGUGCAGCUCCGAGAUCACAUUCAAGACGGACCCAAAGAACCAGGACUACACGUGCGAGCGCGGCGCCAAGCGGAACACGGAGCCGUGGCGCAAGGUCGAGGACGAGGACGAGACGGACGAGCAGCGCUUGGACAGGCUGGAAAAAGAAGAUGAGGAGCGCAACGCCAUGGAGGAGCUCGAGGCCAAGACCAUCGACGCCAAGCGGGACAUGGCCGUCGCGGACGCCCUGGACGAAAUCAGGACUCGCAAUGCGCGGAUGGAGCGGGCGAACCACGACGGCAUGCUGGGGGACGCCUCGGUCGUCCGGCCCGAGGACGAGCUGAGGCGCCAAGAGGAUGCGGAGGACGAAGAGGCUUAUAGGAACGCCAUCGCGGCGGCCAAGGCACAGCAGGAGACCUGGGAGGUGAUAGAAGACGACGUGGCAGCCAGAGACUCGCACUCGGCCAGCAACGGGAAUGGUGUCAAGAGGAAAGCGCCAGAGGAGGAGGAGGCGGCCCCUGCGUCCUUCAGCUUCAAGAAGCAGGCUAAAAAGAAGGAGCAGGUCCUCAUCCCGGGCCUCAAAAUGGGGCCCCCUCCUGUACCAGCCGUGAAGCCGGCGCCGGCUCCGGCUCCGACAGUGAAGGCCAAGGCAGUUCUAGUUGAGUAUGGGUCGGACAGUGAUUAA